UGGAGAGAACCCGUGACUGGUUACUUGGUCAUUCUAAAGAUGAAAACCCUAACAUCAAUCCUCUCUCUUUCUCUGAUCCUUGUUAUGUUCUUCCCAUCCCCUUCAUUCUCCGCCGUCCGAUGCCAUCCGGAGGACAAGAAAGUCCUUCUCACCAUCAAAAAGGCCCUUAGCAACUCUUACAGCCUUCCUUCCUGGGAUCCCCAAACCGAUUGUUGUAAAUGGUACGGCCUACAAUGUCAUCUCACAACCAACCGUGUCAUCAACCUCGACAUUUCCUACGGCCAACGCUCCGUCCAUAUCCCUCCCGCCGUCGGGGACCUUCCCUACCUCGAAAUCCUCUUCUUUCACAAACUACCAAAUUUCGUCGGUACCAUUCCCCAGACCCUUACAAAACUCACCCACCUCAAGUAUCUCAUAAUCAGCUGGACCAAUAUCUCUGGUCCCAUCCCCGAUUUCAUCGGCCAGAUUAAGAGUCUCGAAUACAUCAAUUUAUCUUACAACAAUCUAUCCGGUUCGAUCCCUCCCUCCCUCUCCGACCUGCCCAAUUUAACCGAACUCAAUCUCGGCCGAAACAAACUCACCGGCUCGAUCCCGGACUCAUUUGGGAAGUUCAAAGGAACCCCCCCCUCCCUGUAUCUUUCCCACAACCAGCUCACAGGUUAUGUCCCUAAAUCUCUAGGGCUCUUGAAAUUCCCCAGCCUUGAUUUCUCUCGCAACAAGCUCCAAGGUGAUAUUUCCUUCUUAUUCGGCUCCGAUAAGAACUACUGGAAAGCCGAUUUCUCGAGGAACUUGUUCGAAUUCGAUCUGUCCAAGGUUGUUUUCCCCAAAAGCUUGAAUGUCCUAGAUCUAAACCACAACAAGAUCUAUGGGAGCCUCCCGCAAGGUCUGACUUCAUUGAACCAGCUCCAACUUUUCAACGUAAGCUAUAAUCGCCUCUGCGGUAAGAUUCCGGUCGGGGGUGAGCUGCAGAAGUUCGAAACCACGGAUUAUUUCCACAACCGGUGCUUGUGUGGUGCUCCAUUGUCGGCAUGCAAGUAAUUGAAUUAUCUAAGUUAUUAUGUCACUUAAUCUGUAAAAUAAAAGAUUGUAUCCUUUUGUUGUUUAAACAAAAGGUGGCAUUAACCUUAUUAAUUAAUACUCAAGUGUUUGUUUGGUU